UAAGCAUCAGCACAAUCUUGCCUUCUACAUCCUCUGCUUUGCAUUCCUCCUUCCAGUUCCAACCGCAAUCAAUGGCCGCCAUGAAGAUCACUCUCCUUGCCGUGGCCACAAUCUCAGCAGUCUUACUGGGCACCGCGUCGGCGGCGACCUACGGUGUCGGCGAGCCGGGCGGUUCGUGGACCCUCAACACCGACUACAGCAACUGGGUGUCCAACAAGAAGUUCCACCCGGGUGAUGAGAUCAUCUUCAAGUACUCUCCCGCGGCGCACGAUGUGGUCGAGGUCAGCAAGGCUGGCUACGACUCCUGCAGCACCGCCAGCGCCAUCAACACCUUCAAGUCCGGCAACGACGUCGUCCCCCUCAACGCCACCGGCAUCCGCUACUUCAUCUGCGGCAUCACUGGCCACUGCAGCCCCACCGCCGCCGCCAGCAUGAAGGUCGUGAUCGACGUCGUCCCGAGUUCCUCCUCACCGUCGUCACCCAUGCCGGCUGCCGGUCCGGACGCGAGCAACCCGCCGCCACCCUCCUCUACCGCAUCCUCUGUCGGGGCCACAGCAGGAUUUGGCCUUGUCGUCCUACUGGUCGCCAGUCUCAUGGUUUAAAAUGCAUAUUUCAGCCAGCUGCAUGCCGCACGCACAUAUGAGCUUACAUAUUGUUUGACUGGUUAUUACUGGGGAAUACAUACAUGUAUUAUUGCUUAGAGCGAAGAUGUGAGAACUACUUUGUAAGUUUGUAUCUCUCACGUUUGUAUGUAAUCUACUGGCCUUUAGGCAUUUCAUAUUGA